AUGACCGCUCCGGCUCAGUCAUCGAGCUUCAUUCCCUCAGAUAUCGGCCCAGUCUGGCAGAGACUAAAGGGAGAAUAUUAUCUCGCAUAUCACGCGGAAGAGGUCGCACGUCUCGGCGCCCAGCAUGAAGUGUUUCUAAAAUCGAUGGGGAGACUGGUAGUUGCGCCUAUCGAUUUGACCCGCCACCACCUUCGUGUCCUCGAUACCGGGACUGCCGAUGGUCGGUGGCUUCGGGAUUUGCAUGCUUCCUUGCCCUCCACGUCAGGACACCAGUAUAUCGGAGUCGAUUCCCUCAGCAAGUUGUUCUCGUCCAAUCUCCCGAGCCAGAUAACUUUGAAAGAGCAGCGAAUUGAUGCUACAUGGCCAGCGGAGUGGCAGGGUUACUUUGACUACGUUCACCAGCGCUUGGUGCUACCGGGAUCGGAGCAUAUCACCCAUCAGCAGACUGUAAUAAACCUUUGCCAACUUGUGAAACCAGGCGGGUGGAUUGAGCUUAUCGAGCAGGAUCAUGACACUCCCAAUCCCGGUGGGAUGGCAAAAGCCGAGAAGGUAAUUCGAGAGUUGUUUACGCAGGCUGGCCACGGCUAUGACUACCCUCGCAGACUGCGCGAGUUUUUGGAGAAUGCUAGCAUGGAGGAUAUUAAAGUUGACGUGUUCGAUAUUCCGAUCGGCGCACUUAACCCUGAUCCCGAACUGGCGGCCAAGAGCACCUGGCAGGUUCGCUCCGCUCUUGAGGGGUUCAUGCCGACCGCCAGAGGAAUUAAAUGCUCCUUGCCCGCGGUGGAAUUGGAGGACAUGCCGGCCUUCACCGAGCGAGAGCUCAAACGCGUUGGUGGAUACCAAAGGCUUUUCGUUGCGUAUGCUCGUCGUCCUUCUACUUGA